UUGUGAUUUCAUUUCUUUUCUUUAUAUGGCGGAAAUGUGUUAUGGCGUGCACCUUGCCUGCAACAAAUAGUAAAGACCGGCAAUUUCAGAGUACUACAACAUACAUCACUCAAACAAAUAGUACUAACGACCCCCAAUUUCCGAGUCUUACCGUAGACAAAUUCCUUAAAGAUAUAGAAAGAGAGAAAACUAUAAGAUUUACCUCGAAAAAUCUAAGGCUCGCAACUAAUAAUUUUGAAAAUUUGCUGGGAUCAGGAGGGUUCGGAACAGUUUAUAAGGGAGUUCUCGAAAAUGGAAAAAUAGUUGCAGUAAAGGUUUUGAAUGGAAGCUCGGAUAAAACAAUUGGGGAACAGUUCAUGGCAGAAGUGAGUACAAUAGGAAGAUUGUACCAUUUCAAUCUUGUUAAAUUAGUUGGGUUUUGCUUUGAAAUAAAGCUAAGAGCUUUAGUUUAUGAGUACAUGAGUAACGGGUCACUUGAUAAUUUCAUAUUCCGGAAAAGAACCACCAUUUUAGCACUCGAAAAACUUCAUUUAAUCGCAAUUGGAACGGCUAAAGGCAUUGCUUACUUACACGAAGAAUGUCAACAACGAAUAAUUCACUACGACAUAAAGCCAGGUAAUAUUCUUUUAGAUGAAAAUUUUAAUCCAAAAGUGGCUGAUUUCGGUCUUGCAAAAUUGUGUAACAGAGAAAGUAGUUAUGUAACUAUGACUAGAGGAAGAGGAACUCCAGGUUAUGCUGCGCCGGAGUUGUGGAUGCCAUAUCCAGUCUCUCAUAAGUGUGAUGUUUAUAGUUUCGGAAUGGUCUUAUUGGAAAUGAUCGGACAAAGAAGAAAUUUUGAAAUAAAUCUUACCGAAAUUGAACAAUGGUUUCCGAGAUGGGUAUGGGAAAAUUUUGAGAAAGGAAAUUUAGAAGAAAUUAUAGUAAUUUGUGGGAUGGAGGAGAACAGUAAAGAGAUACUAGAAAGAAUGGUUAAAGUCGCAUUUUGGUGCGUUCAAUAUAGGCCUGAAUUGCGGCCUUUGAUGAGUGUUGUAGUGAAAAUGUUAGAAGGAUUGAUUGAGAUUCCGACUCCAUCAAACCCUUUCCCACAAGUAGAUUUGCAUCCUCAAUUAGUAUGGAGCAAUCCUACAACUACUUUUGAUUCAAGCUCUUCACGAGGUAUUGUUGUAAUUGGGAAUUCCUAACAAAAAGAAACAUAAGAUUGGAGUGUGGUUGUAUACUAUAUAAUG